AUGGUUGCCGGCGAAAAGUUCAUUCAACAUCUCCAUUUGUUAGUUAUCAUAGUGUUACUUAGCUUAAGAGUUGCUUUUGGAGACUCUUCAGAAGUGAAAACUGGUAGAAUCAGAUGUUGGUUACCAGCAGUCAAUCCUCCAUCACCUCACAUGAUCAAUGCUUCUAAGUCUCUUUAUAUCAUUCAUCUUGCGGGUAAUGAGCUAUCCUCUUCAGUAUUCUCUUGGUUGUUUACCUUCAGUAGUAGCCUAAGUCACAUUGAUCUCAGUCACAACAAUUUACAAGGUCCCAUUCCUGAUGCUAUUGGGAAUAUCAUUUCCCUUGCGUCUCUUCAUCUCUCUGGAAAUCAACUCGAAGGUGGCAUUCCUAUAUCAUUUGGGGAUCUGAGUAGUUUAAGGGAAUUAUAUUUGUCUGAUAACCAUCUUAGUGGGAUUCUGACCGAUAAAAUUGGAAGUCUUUCCAAACUCGAGAUUUUGUAUCUUAGUUCAAACCACUUCGAAGACAAUAUCACUGAAGCUCAUUUCUUUAAUCUCUCCCAGUUACAUACACUAGAUUUGUCUUCCAACCCUCACAUCUCUUUCAAUUUCAACUCUGGAUGGAAUCCUCCUUUUCAGUUAAGAGAUCUAUUGCUGGGGGGUUGCAAAGAAGGGCCACAUUUUCCCGCAAGGAGUAACAGUUUUACUGGAGAAAUUCCAAAAUCAUGGAGGGAUUGUACAUCUUUACGUUUCAUUGAUCUUUCAAAAAAUAAGUUGUCUGGACAUAAAAGAGCAAAAAUUGGAUAUGACCUUGCUCUUGAUUAUGAAAUGCCGGUUUCUGGUGAAGGUAAAUAUUCUAGUUCAAAGGAGAACAGGGAUACAGAAGUAAUUGAGGAUGCACGAGCAUGUGCGGAGAGGUUAAGAUCCUACAAAGCUGAUCUCCAGAAAAUUAAGAAAGAGAAGACUGUGGAAGCUGAUGGUGUUGACGGCGCUCCAGCGGCUACUGAUGUUCAGAAGAAGAUGAAGACUCUCAGGAGCCUAAUCCCCAUUCCUCUAUUUAGCACUCCAAAAACCCAUCACCUUCGUCAUGCCGAUUCCCCAAUGCGAAGACAUCGUCGGUGUCUCAGUGCGAGACGGAGCCUGGAGACGGAGUGUCUCCGUCUCGCACGGAGACACGAUGGUGUCUCCAUCCGGGACAGAUGCUUUGGCUUUACUCAUUUCCUGUAG